AUGAACCUUUAUAUACACCGUGUUCAAUCAUUUCUCGGUAUUCCAACUGCCAACAUCCCCCCAGACUCGCUUGCUCCAUACGGAGACGUGGAGUCAGGAGUAUAUUAUGGUGUCGCCGCGCUCGACCCAUCCCAAUUCAAGUAUAAGGGGAAUAGGGACGAGCAAAAUGGGCCGAACGAUGCCGCAGAUUUAAAUACAACUGCAGACGGAAGCGAAGAUGAAAAUGAAAACGUCUUCCCCUGCGUUCUGAGCAUAGGGUACAACCCCUUCUAUAAGAAUACAGUUCGGUCCGUGGAAAUCCAUCUCCUCCCCCAAUUCACCAGCCACGCAGCACCAAAGCCCCUUCCCCAAAAGACAACAGACCAACCAACCCGCUUCUUCCGUGUCCCCGAUUUCUACGGCACGCGCCUCAACCUGCUGGUGCUGGGCUACAUCCGGCCGGAAUUCGACUACGUCAGCCUCGAGGCGCUGGUGGAGGAUAUCCGGGUUGACUGCGAGGUGGCGAGGAGGAGUUUGGAGAGACCUGGGUAUCUGGGCUAUGCGAAGGGGGAUGGGAAGAGGGAGGUACAAGAGGCGAGGGAAUGGUUGCAGGCGUUUUGA